CGGUAGGGCACGCUUUCAAUGACUGGCUGUACUAAUGGGCACUUGCAAGGAUAAAUAUAGCAAGAGCAGUCUCAGCAAAUGCUUGUGUGUUUGUUCCGUGGUAUGGAUCUGGUGAACCCCUUACUUCAAGCGCGGCCGUUUGACAAACACAGGCAGCUAAAGUGGAGCGAGUGUUUUUAGCACUGGGCUCAGAAGAAUAUAGACGCAAGACUUCGUUUUAAAUGACCUGAGAGGUGUGUUUGUUCAACUUUAGCUUUGUCCCCUCAAGAUGACCGUACUGUGUACAUUAACACAGCAGAAACUCUCUUUCGACUCAAGAUGACCGUGACGUACUCCAGCAAGGUAGCCAAUGCGACGUUCUUCGGGUUUCACAGACUGCUUUUGCGAUGGAGAGGCAGCAUCUAUAAACUGCUGUACCGCGAGUUCCUCGUCUUUGUAGGGCUGUACACCGCGCUGAGUAUCACCUACAGAUUAUUUCUUUCAGAGAAACAAAAACGUUACUUUGAAAAGGCGUCUCUUUACUGCGAUAAAUAUGCUGAGCAAAUCCCAGUAACGUUUGUGCUGGGUUUCUACGUGACGCUGGUGGUGAACCGCUGGUGGAACCAGUUUGUGAACCUGCCCUGGCCGGACCGGCUGAUGUUCCUGGUCUCGGGCAGUGUGCAGGGCAGGGACGAGCACGGCCGACUCCUGCGCAGGACCCUGAUGCGCUACGUCAACCUCACCUCUCUGCUCAUCUUCCGCUCUGUCAGCACGGCCGUCUGCAAGCGCUUCCCAACAAUGGACCACGUGGUCGAAGCAGGGUUCAUGACUCCCGAGGAGAGAAAGAUUUUUGAAAACCUCAAGUCUCCCCAUCUUAAAUAUUGGAUCCCGGUGGCGUGGUUUGUGACCCUGGUGAACAAGGCGCGGAAGGAGGGGCGGAUACAGGACAGCGUGGACCUGCAGACCAUCAUGAUCGAAUUGAAUAAGUUUAGAUCGUGGUGUUCUACCCUAUUUGGUUAUGACUGGGUUGGCAUUCCUCUUGUAUACACACAGGUCGUCACUCUAGCAGUGUACACCUUCUUCUUUGCCUGUCUGAUAGGACGUCAGUUCUUGGACCCCAAGCAAGGCUAUGCAGGUCAUGACCUCGACAUGUACAUCCCUAUCUUCACUCUCCUGCAGUUCUUCUUUUAUGCAGGCUGGCUGAAGGUUGCUGAGCAGCUUAUAAACCCCUUUGGAGAAGAUGACGAUGACUUUGAGAUUAACUGGUGCAUAGACAGAAACCUGCAGGUUUCCCUUCUGGCUGUGGAUGAAAUGCACAUGAACGUGCCGAGGAUGCAGAAGGAUAUCUACUGGAACGACUCGGAUGUGCGUCCGCCGUACACUCUAGCAGCUGCCGAUUACUGCAUUCCAUCAUUCCUGGGCUCCACCAUCGACAUGGGGUAA